AUGGCACCAGACUGGUCGUCUCUCCCGAAGGAUCUGCUAAGGCUCGUCCUGGAGCGGCUGCCGUGGUCGAGCCGCCCGCGCUUCGCCGCCGCGUGCAGGCACUGGCGCUCCGUCGUGACGCCCUUCUUCCCGGCGUGGCUGACCCCGCUUCUUCUCAGCGCCGCGGACGUCGGCUCGACCAACCUCCGCUUCUACAGCCCUUACUACCACAAGAAUUUCGAGGUCUCCACCACUCUAGACGCACCAAGCGCCAAGUUCUGCUGCGCCGUUGGGCGCCACCUGACAUUGUGUCAGCGGCGUAUGAUACUAGAAGCCGACCUCGUGACCGGUGAUGUCUGCGAGCUGCCGCCGAUCAGGUACGCGUGGUUCCACUUCGUCGUCUACGACGGCGCGGACAGGAUGUUUGGCGUCCACACGAUCGCCGGCCCGCCUCGAACCGCCCUCGCCAUCAUGGACGACGACGGCGAGUGGGACGACUGGGACUACGCGGCGCCGCUCGCCGGCGUCGACGGCGCGAAGCUGCCUGAGUCGUCGCCGAACACCAACCCGGUCUUCCAUGGCGGCUUGCUCUACGUGCUCCUCGAUGACGGGAAGCUGGCUGUGUACGACGAGGCCAGGCACCGCGACAAUGGGCACUUCGAGAUUCUUGACAAGCCCGAGAGCUUCGGGUUACCAUGCGAGGACAGGUAUCUGUUCGAGUCUGACGAUGGCGAACUCAUGGCCGUCCUCUUUGGCCGCCGUGGGACGCCGGUGCACAUCGUCAAGCUCAACGAGCAAGAGAUGAAGUGGGAGACGGUGGAGACCCUGGGCGGGCGAGCGCUGUUCACCGGCACACUCACCACGCUGAUGAGGAAGACAAAGGUCAAGUGGAUGCAGAACAAGGUCUUCUUCCCGAGGUUGUAUGAUUGGCCUGAGACUGUCCAUGUCGAAAUUGUUGAUCGUGACGGCGAGCUGGCUUUCAUACCAACGUCUGAAGGGGGCAUCACGCCGGCGGCCAAAGAUGGAAAGAGCAUGUGGUCUUAUGAGCUGGGGUCAGAAGAAUCAACAGACUUUUGGGACACAGAAAGAGUGGAUUAUAGUAUUUGUGUUGAUUUUGAUAUAUAA